AAAGUCAAGUCCAGGCUAAAGAAAAUGAUGUGCCUCAGUCGAUAGUCGUCAGUGAGCCUGAGUCAUCUGCAGUCAGAGAAAAUUACAGCAUGAUGAUGGAUGUCCUGCAGCAGAAAGCGGAGGAACUAGUCCUGAUCCAAGAAAGAGCAGAAAUGGCUGAGGACAAAGCCCAAAGUUAUAAAAAGCUGUUGGAUGAUAGCAAUAACAGACUAAAGAAACUUCAGAUGGACAUGGAAACUGAAAGGAUCAACAUGACACAGAAAUCAGAGGAUCUCCAACAGGAAGCACUGACCAUGAAGAAAUCCAUCAACGAACUUCAGGAGGAAAUCAGAUCUAUUCAAAGAGCCAAGUCCUCAUUGGAACAAAACACUUUUUUCCAAAGCACUGAAGUCGAAGGCCUCACAGAGCAGUUGAAGAUCACCCAAGGUGACCUGCAUAAGAAAGGCUCCAUGGAGCAGGAGAAUAUUCUCAGGAUUAACAAUUUAGAAGAAGAAGUAGCUUCCAAGCAGGCAGUACUAGAUCAGCUCAAGUUUAAAUGCAAUGAGUUGACAAGGAUAAAUGUCUCAUUUGACAGUGAUAUUAGAGGUCUUCAGAUCCAAACAGAGUCGCUGGAAAAUGAGAGAUCGUUUUCUGAACAAAAGAUCAAGUCGUUAAAGAGUGAGAUGGAGAGCUGGAAACAGCAGCUUCAAACAGCUAAGGAAGAAAACAACUUAAUGAAGAGAACCGAGCAGGCGUCGCAGAUCAAAUGUAGAAACCUUGAAGCCGAACUUCAAAAAAGUGAAUUAGUUGCUUCUCAAUUGCAGAAAAGGGUAGAUGAGCUUAAACAGUUUAAUUUGGAGAUGGAAAAUAAUCUGAAGAACGUCAGAGCUAAACUCAAUCGGGUGACAAUGGAAAUCGACAGCAAGGAUCAGCAAAUUAGAAUCUUCAAGUCUCAGGCGGAGGGCACCAAAUCACAAGUUAGAAUUAUUGAGGAGGAACUAAAUAAGAAAUCUCAGACAUCCCAUGAGCUUCAAAUUAAACUGCAGGAUUACAGUGAGGAGGUGAGGAAAAUGACUGAACUGCAGCAUAAAAUCGACACGCUUAAUUCCAAAAUUGCCAAUUAUGAGACAGAAAUAGCAACUCUGAAAUCAGAGCUGAAGGCAGUGUUUGCUGAUAACAAUUCUGCAACCCAAAAGAUUCACAUGCAAAAUGCUGAAAUUAAUGAUUUGAACACGAUGCUAAAUGAAAGAAAUGCAGAACUGCAAAAAGAAUCAGCUGAGAGUCAAAAACAUGUCAAUAAAGUCAAGGCAUUAGAAGACGAACUCUUCAAACAUAAGCACAGCAUUAAAGGGUUAACAAGCAGCUCAGAUAAAAUGACAGGAAACCUAAAGCAGGAGAUGUCUGUUCUUCAGAACGACAAGAGAGCAGCAGACAGGAACACAGAGAACUUGAACGUUAAACUCUCAGAGCUCAGCUCGUCUCUACAAAGAACUAAAGAUGAAUUGUUGAAAGAGACCAGAGAAAGACAAGUGAAAGAAUCUAAAUUAUUGCAGAUGGAGACCGAGCUUCAGAAAAAUAAAGUAACAAUGAAAGAAUCAAUGUCGAGUUCUGACAAAUCCCGAUCAAAUCUUCAACAUGAAAAUACGAUCCUUAAGAGGGAGAAAGCUGAGGCGCUAGAGAAAAUCAACUCAUUGGGAUCUGAAGGUAGAAGGCUGAAAGAAAAUCUGCAUAGCACCCAAAAGGAAGCUGAGCAAAAGCAAAAGGAAAACUCUGUCCUUCAACUGAGGUCCCAGCAGAUGGAAGAACAACUUGAAAAGUGCAAGAAAAUGCUGGAAGAGUUGAAGAGUAAACUAGAACUCCAGAAAGAGGGCUAUGAGAGGCAGCUGUUGCUCGUGCAGACUGAAGUGGAGAAAAAGCUCAUUUUACUUCAAUCUGAAAUCUCAAGUGUAAGUGGGAUGUCACAACAGCAGUCACCUAGUGCAGAAAUAGCAGAGAUGCUAAACAAGUGUUUCAAACAAGACGUGAAACAGAUAACAACAGUGCAUCAAACCACUGUGGAAACAAAGCAACAAUCUGACCAACAGCUGCAACUGCAGACCAAAAUGGACAAACUGAAGCAAGUAAAUACGCAGCUCGAACACGACCUCUUAAAGGCAAAAUCACAAAUUGCCCAACAUGAGCAAGACAGACUUAUACUCCACUCAAAAGUAAGCGCUUUACAAAGCCUUGGCAAUGAGCAGUCAAGUGAUACAGCUAAGUUGACAGAUAGCGAGUGGAAACUGAAACUGAAGGAGAAUGAAGCCAGAUCUCUUCGGGAACAAAUAGAGUCGUACGUCAAAGAAGUGAGAAGUCUUCAGGAAAAGCUUACGAUGCUCGGGGUCCGGAUGAAGACUGAAAAACAGGAAGUCAUUGAAACGAGCCGUCACUACGUGAAAGAAAACGAGGCUGCUUCGUUGAAGACGGAACAUGCAGUGAGGCAGACGAUGGUGCCCUCCUAUGAAAGAGCAAAAUACAACCUGGAGGACGAGAGUCUCAAGAUGAAAGCUUCCUCAGAGGUAUGGAUGAAGUUAGUUCAGCAUUACUGCAUCACAGUAUUAUAUUUAUAAGAAAUACAGUAUAUUUA